UGUUUACUUUAUCUGUAUACAUUUUGUUGAAGAACCUACAGUGGCAGUAUUAGUCGGCCGGAGUCUAGAUCCCUGUGGAGUACUUCCACCAUGAGUAUCCCCCACUCCAUCCAGGAAGAGGAUGAGACAGAGGAGUCGGAGGAUCAGACAGGACAAGAUCCUAGUGAUGAGGAUAGAGGAGAAGAGAUAUCCUACACAGAUACAGGACAAGAAAACCAUAUCAAGUAUCCAGCACCGGGUCCCAGGGAGGAGCUGGCUCCAAACGUGUUUAAGGUGGAUAAGAUGAACCUGCCACCGGUAUGUGUGGUACAGAAGGAGGAUGUAACUAAAUCAGCUAGUGUGAGAAAACCCGGGCACAGCACUAUUCAGACAGGUAAAGAACAGGACAGUCGUACAGAGGACAUCAGACCUGUAAGUAAGCAGGUCAGAGUUGAUGACAUACAAAGCAGAUUAUCUCCUGAACUGGAGACCUUUCUCGCUCAGUACAGUGAUCUUAAAUCUGACGUGGAAGCGAGCUUGAUCCCAGAUCAGACCUGGGAAGAGAUUACUAAACCCAUAGGUCAAUUCAGACCCAAGGCAAGAUACUCUGCUGACAAACCUCAGGGAAUACAGGGUCAGAAACUACAUAUCACAGAAGGGAAUGAUGAGCCGAGUAUAGCUAAUCCAACUCCUACAAUGCUGCCUGCUCAUUUGAAUAGAAAACAGAGAGCACAUUAUGAGAAACUCCAAGUGACUUUCCGUGCCCCAGAAAAGAAUCUUCCAGGAGCCCAGUUUUGGAAAGAUUUAAAUGCAGAUAAGUUGGUAUCAGAAGCUGUUUCACAGGAUCUGUUCAUCAAGACACCAUUCGGUCAUACCUUCCCAAACGAAUGUGAGAAUCAACAGAUGUCUCCUAUCAAAGCUUAUCUUGAUGACUAUUCUCAUCAGAGUGAUGCUGCAUUAGAUGAGACAGGGUAUGAAAGUAUGGAGCAGUUGGAGAACUAUGACAACAGUCCAGAGUCAUUGUCUGACCUGAGGAACAAGCUGAGUAAGAUUUGCAGUGAGGAGGUCGAGUCAGACCCAGCUCCACGUCCACCGUCUCCACCUGGUGGAACGGACAUGAUUGAAGUAUCCACAGAUCCUAGAUUCUGGAAAUCACAUGACUCAUCAGGCAGGGAUUCGUCUCGAUUGUCUGCUGAAGUUUUAUCAAGAAUUGAGAAUUGUGCAGGUCAGAAUGUCGACAUGUUACAGUUUGCUGAUGAAAACAGUAGCUACGAAGAUGAACAAUUUCAUGAAGAUUACAAAGAGCCCUCCUAUGCACCAAGCCUAAUAGAUCGCUAUCACUCAAAAAAUGAAGAAAAUAUUGACUUCUUCAGAUGUGUUUCUAGAGGAGGUCUGAACAAUAUACAAUCACUGAGGACAGAAGAGGAGAAUAUUGCUAGAUCCUUUGCUAGAACAGACUCUAGGGAACACACAGUUGAUGAUGAAACAGUCGAUGCCAACUUACUCUUUUUCAAAACAGUAGCAAGAUAUCCCGAGUUUAAUGAGCAGGAGAUUGAGACCACUGACUCUAAGGUUGUCAAGUCGAGAUGUGGCAGGAGGAGUCCGGGGUUCAUUCCUGAUGAUCCCAGCAACUACAUCAGUGGAGAAGUAGCUCACCAAAACUUAGAAUUCUUCCGAGCUGUAGCCAGAGACACCAGCUUCUUCAAGUUACCUGACAAGGAGGACCAGGACAGUGAGGACAAUUCUGAUGAAGAUUCUACACCACCAAGAAAUAAGCUUGAAGCUGAUUCUUCCCUACAGAACGACACAACUAGCUGUCACAAAGACAGGUCUCAUCACCAUACCAAAAUGCCUAGUCAGAAACCAGCUUCCAAAAUAUUGAAUCGCUUUCAACGCAAGACAUUAGCACAAGAUCAUUUGGACAGUCAAAAGACGGGUCCUCCUCAUCUGUCUAAGUUGUACUCCAAAAGGACUGAUGGCCUCAGUCUCUUACAACCAGUGGUGUCUCCCUGCAAAGCCAAGGAAAACAUGGACUUCUUUUUACAAGUCUCUAAGGAUCCUCAUUUCUAUAAGAUUGCAGAAAAACCAGAAGUACCAGUAAUGGUAGCUCCGAAUAAUAAACCAAAGUCAUACAAAGGCAUCAAUGUCAACAGUGGGCGACCCAUAGGCAAGAAGGGACUAGGCUUCAAGUCACGACUUACCUAGGGCUUCAAGUCACGACUUACCUAGGGCUUCAAGUCACGACUUACCUAGGGCUUCAAGUCACAACUUACCUUGGGCAUCAAGUCACCACUUGCCUAGGCAGUUAACAGCAACAAAAACAGCUUAGAAAUAUAGGAGAGUAAAAUUAGUUAUACUUGACACAAAAUCACAUGGUCAUCUUUCUUAGGGUUAUCUAGAUGUGUUACACCUUUGAACCUGCGUUGUCUUUUUAAUGACUCGGAUGUCCCAUGUUGGCCACAGAACUUAUUCAAGAUUUUAUCUCGUUAUUAUACACUAUAUACUUUACAGAAUUUUCAUACAGGUCUAUUCUAUACAAUAGAUUUUUACACUUGUUUAUAGAUUAUAU